AAUUGUCAAAAAUCGAGCCAAAUAAAAUGGCGUCGGUUACACUUGAUUUUGAAAAUGAAAACUUUUUAGAGCUGGUUUCUGAAGAUGGCUUGAUAAUACUAGCAAAGGGGCUAGGACUAGAUAGACUUUUUAUGAAGUUUCUUAAAUUGCAUUCAGAUCCUCGUAAUCUGGUACUUGUCAUUGGUUCCUCUACACUAUAUGAAGAUCAUUUUAAGAAUGAUAUUGCUGCUUCUUUAAGUAAUAAUAUACAGCAGAUACCACGAUCAGUUACAAAUGAAAUUCCAGCAAAAGAAAGGGAAGAGCUCUAUUUAAAAGGUGGCGUACUUUUUGUGACAUCAAGAAUAUUAGUAGUUGAUAUGCUAAGAAAAGUAUGUCCUGUUGAUAAAGUUGCUGGUAUAUUAGUGUACAAUUGCCACAGGGUCACCGAUUCUUCCAGUGAGGCGUUUAUACUGAGACUUUAUAGAGAAGGAAAUAAGACUGGUUUUAUUAAAGGUUUUAGCGACUGUCCAGAGCAUUUCACAACUGGGUUCUGUCAGCUAGAAAGGAUAAUGAGAAACCUUUUUGUGAAAAACGUCUAUCUCUGGCCACGGUUUCAUGCUGUUGUAAAUUCAUCUCUUGAAAGGCAUCAGCCUGAUGUUAUUGAGCUGAGGCAGCAGAUGACUCCUUCAAUGACAGCUAUACAACACUCAGUCCUUGAGAUAAUGAAAGCAUGUGUACGGGAACUGAAGGAAACCAACUCACUGUUGGAAAGUGAUGAAAUCACUAUUGACAAUUGUCUCGGAAAAGGUUUCGAACAAAUCAUUAAAAUUCAGUUUGACCCAGUGUGGAACCAACUGAGUCACAAAACAAGGCAGCUGGUUUAUGAUUUGAAAAUGCUCAAAACUCUUUUAUAUUUUUUGACUCAGUAUGAUUGUGUGACAUUCUACAGCUAUUUACUUUCACUGAGGUCAAACAAGAAAGGGAGUCCAGCAUUUUCUGAGCACUCUCCGUGGGUAUUCAUGCCAGCAGUUAACACAUUAUUUGUUAAAGCAAGAGAGAGGGUGUAUGGAGAAGAGGAAGCCUCAGGGACUAAGUCAAAAUAUUUUGUUGAGUCGCUCUCUCUAGAAGAGAGUCCAAAAUGGAACCUUCUCUCCAUGAUACUCAGAGAAGUGAGAGAUGAUAAGAAGAAUAGAGAGGAGAAGAUAAUAAUUAAAGAGGAAGAGAAUAAAGGAAUGAAUGAAGACAGCAAUGAAACUCACCUUCAAGUAGAUGGAGGAAUUUUAAUAGUUGCAAAUGAUGAAAGAACGUGUUAUCAGUUACGUCAAUAUUUAAGUGAAGGAGGAAAGAGUUUAUUAGAGAGACAAUACACUAGACUAUUGGGAGACAAAAACACUGUGGAUGUUAAUGCUUUGCCUAAAGAAAUGCAGAAGAAGCUUCAGUCAAAGAAAGGUAAGAAUCCACCACCAGCCAAAAAGGCUAAAGUAAUUGAAGAGGAUAAUACGUUGACUGAUAAACCUGAUGAAGAGAAUGAGGAGGACAUGUUCAGUGAAGAUAUUUUUCAAAAUUUUGAGAUCCCUCUUACUGAAAAACUAACAGUGGAAGCUUCGAAACAGCUUGAUGCUGAUUCCGAAUAUUUCGAAUUGUUACAUGACCCCAUACUGAUACAUUCAUUCAAUAGUUCAAAAAAUACUUAUAAUUUUACGAGAGUUUUACACAGUUUUAAACCAAGUGUCGUUAUAUUGUAUGAUGCUGAUAUAAAGCUAACUAGACAGAUAGAGAUAUUUAAAGCUACCCGUCGUGAGAUUCCCCUUAAAGUAUAUUUCCUAGUUUAUGAUAGCUCUGUGGAAGAACAGAUGUACCUGGACUCCAUUAAGAGAGAAAAGCAAGCCUUUCAGCAACUUAUUCAGCAAAAAGCUCAUAUGGUUAUACCAGCAGAUAGAGAAGGAAGAGGCACUGGUAAUACAUUGUUACAGAGAGGAAGUGGAAGAGGAGAAGAGAAUGGCAAGUCAACUAGCACCAGAAAAGCUGGAGGAGCCACAAAACAAGAAGAAACAAGACCAAUUGUUAUUGUUGAUAUGAGAGAGUUCAGGAGUUCUCUUCCAUCAAUGAUACACAAAAGAGGAAUCGACAUCAUCCCUUUGACAAUAGAAGUUGGUGACUAUAUUCUGACACCUGAUAUAUGCAUAGAAAGAAAGUCAGUGAGUGAUCUCAUUGGGUCAUUGAAUUCAGGAAGAUUAUAUAAUCAAGUAAAGGCAAUGACACAGCAUUAUCAGAAACCAAUCUUACUUAUUGAAUUUGAAGAAGGGAAACCGUUUUCGUUACAAUCCAUUGUUGCUGUAUCAAGUGAUGUCUCCUCACAGAAUGUUGCUUCAAAGCUAGUUCUACUCACCAUUCACUUUCCCAAGUUACGUAUUUUGUGGUGUCCUACUCCUCAUUUUGCAGCCGAACUUUUUGAAGAAUUAAAAGCUGGUCAGGCUCAGCCAGAUCCUUCAACUGCUGCUACAAUUGGAGGAGAAGUAAUGGAGACAAGAGAAGAUGUGACCAUAAAAGAAAAGAAACCAACUUACAACUCAUCCAUUGAAAAUUUUUUAUUGAAGUUACCUGGUGUGAACUUUAAGAAUUACAGAUACAUAAUGAAUGAAGUAAAGGACAUGCAAGAGUUAGUCAGUUUAAGUGAGAAAGGACUAGAGAAGAUACUAGGGAACGAUACUAAUGCACAGCUACUCUGGAAUGCACUGCACACUAAACAAUCACUCACACACUCAUCAUCUUUAAAAUCAAAGAAAAGGAAUUUUAUUUAAAUUUUACGUGUCAAUUCCAUGCAUUAAUUUUCAGUUCUGUACCAUAA